UUGACGUUGUGUUGCUGUGUGAGAAUCUGGAAGCUGUGACCUGGAUUUAGCCUAUCGAGCCCAUGAGAGAGAGAGAGAGAGAGAGAGAGAACUAGAGGGUGGGAGGACAGGCAGCAUUAAGUGUGCUUCAUUCUCUCUGUGUAAACCGAAACCAUCAGGCUUGUCUGGAGAACUAGGGGAUCGGCAACAACCCAGAGCGUGCAUAGUUGAACCUUCACACGGCAUAUAUACAGACCCAUAACCUGGUGACACAGCAAAAGAACACAACACAACACAGCCUUUUUCCACUUGGAUUUAGAUCUGUUUGGAAAGCCUUCUGAGAGGUGCGCUAACCUCUUGCAGAAGCAACACUUUACUGGAAUGACAUUUACCUCAAGUCAUAAGCGGAGGAAGUGGAGCCAGAAAGGACACAUGCCCCAGGGGGACCUAUUUCUGUGCUGCACCAUCUUUGAUUGUGCUACGCUUUGAACAACACCCCUAAGUGCUGUAUGGUUCUGUAUGUGCCCGAAAGGAAAGGGCCGUUUCCCAACACGGGACAGCUUGAGUGCAGCCUCCUGUUGCGAGAGAUCGCUUUGUUCCCCGUUGCUCUGAAAGUCCCAGGAAAUGUGCUAUGACAUCAGCAGUGGUGGACUGUGGAAGCCUGGUGUUUGACUUUGCCAGUAAUGUAAUGGAGAACCACCAGCAGCAGGAUGCAGAGAAGGGUCCAGGGUACCCUGCAGUGAUUGUAGAACCAGUUCCCAGUGCCAGGCUCGAUCAGAGCUAUGCAGCACAGAUUUUGGUCUAUGAUGAUGAAACUUACUUGAUGCAAGAUGUUGCUGAGGAGCAGGAGAUUGAGACUGAUCCAGCAGAAGCAGUGGAAGCAUCUGUCCACAGCAGUCAUGUCCAUUGCACAGACAAGACCAUUGAGGCAGCUGAAGCCCUGCUUCAUAUGGAUUCUCCAACCAGCCUGAGGGAUGACAAGAACAGUGUCCAGGUAUUUGUACCACCCUGUGUGUCGACCCCAGAAUUUGUCCACGCUGCAAUGAGACCUGAUGUGAUUACCGAAACGGUGGUGGAAGUGUCGACGGAGGAGCCAGAGCCCAUGGACACUUCCCCUGCCGUGCCGAUACUUGAAACCCCUGAACCAACCAAAAAAAAGAAAGCUGGUCGAAAACCAAAGAACCAGCAGUCUGGGUUACCUAAUAGUGCGUCGGAUCUGUCUGUGAAAAAGAAGGCUAGAGAAGGGAAAGGGAACACUACAUAUCUCUGGGAGUUCCUUCUUGACUUACUACAAGACAAAAACACUUGCCCUCGAUACAUCAAGUGGACUCAGCGGGAGAAGGGCAUCUUCAAACUGGUUGACUCUAAGGCCGUGUCCAAGCUUUGGGGGAAACACAAGAACAAGCCAGACAUGAAUUACGAGACAAUGGGGAGGGCUCUAAGGUAUUAUUACCAAAGGGGGAUCCUGGCCAAGGUGGAAGGACAACGCUUAGUCUAUCAGUUUAAAGAAAUGCCCAAGAACUUAGUAAUUAUUGAUGAGGACAAAGCUGAUGCCAACAACGAGGGAUCAUAUCCACCUGAAAUCCGGACUGAUGUAGUUGGCCACUUAUCUGAAGGAAUUUCUCCAUCUUUAGAAAAUAUCUCUUCUCACAUUUCCUCAAAAUCUGUAGUAGCUUCUCGAGGAGCGAGGAGUUCAGCGCCGCAGAGUGUUGUGAAGCUGGGGAGGGCUGCGACGGUGAAGGUCUGGUCGCCAAGUCCCAGUGGAGUCCUAUCUCCGGUGCCUACAACCUCCCUACCGGUAGUAACCUCAACAGUUCCAAGAACUGUCCGUGUGGCAAUGCAGGUGCCUGUUGUAAUGACCUCUUCGGGCCAGAAGAUUUCAUCAGUGGCCGUUCAGUCAGUGAACCCGGUUUCAACAGUAAUAACCAGCACAAACACGACUGUUACCACUCCAAAGGUUCUCAUCCAAACCAUCCCAACAAUGGUACCUCCUACAACAGAGAAUGGAGACAAGGUCACCAUGCAGCCUACAAAAAUUAUUACUAUCCCUGCGACACAGAUAACCCAGUGUCACUUACAGACAAAGGCAGGCUUGGCUACGACCGGCAGCAUUAACAUCGUUGGAGCUCAGGGAGCUAUUCGAGCUCUUUCUCCAAUGCCCAUAGCAGGAGGAACACCUGUGAUGAGACUAGCAGUGCCUGCCCAGCAGUCUACCAGCCAGAGUCCUGCUCGAGUUAUUACUGCAGUUAUCAAAGGAGCAGACGUCAAACAGGAAGGCAUGGCUGCAAAGGUGGGAGCCGAGGUCCAUAAUAUGCCCAUGAUUAAGGAAGAGCGUUCAGUGGAGGGCAGCAAAACAGUGACUCGUUGGGUGGUUGUCAGUGCACCCUCAACAAUCGCCCUUCCUUUGACAAUGAAAACAGAGGCAGAAGGCACGGUGACUGGUGAAAAAUAGCUGUGCAACUGUUAGUAGAGUUGGCAGUGGGACUUUUCCAGCAGGUAGUAGACUUUUCCAUCCCACGCUUUGCUGUGGGUCGUGAGCCACGUCAUCAAAUGCUGACAAAGGAACUUUUCAAAUAGGAACAAAUGAUACUUCAAUGAAUUCGAAUGCAAUUGAUUGUUCAUUGCGUAUUGAUCCAAAAAAAAUGGGACCAUGUGUUUCACUACAUUUUAAGUCUAUAUUAAGAACUUCUGAAACACUAAUGUUUUGGUGAUUUGGUUUGGAAUGUUUUUCUGAAGACUGCAGAAAUUUUAAAGCACAAGUGAUAUCAGGAAUUUACUUCCACUCCCAGUUGUCAUUUUAUUAUGAGGUCUUGUCUGUGCUUUAAGGGGUAGGCCAUUUAGAACGGAGUUGAGGAAAAGGCUUUUUCACACAGACAGAGUUGUAGAUCUGUGGAAUGCUCUGCUUCAGAGGGCAGUGGAGGCCAAUUCUCUGGAUGCUUGAAAGAGUUAGAUAGAGCCCUUAAAGAUAGCGGAGUCAAGUGAUAUAGGGAGAAGGCGGGGACGGGGUACUGAUUGUGGAUGAUCAGCCAUGAUCAUGGUGAAUGGCGGUGCUGGCUCAAAGGGCCGAAUGGCCUACUCCUGCACCUAUUGUCUAUUGUCUUUGAGCUCAGAUGUGACCUUGUCUUUGCCAUGUUAAUGACGACACAGUUCACACUGGCUGUAACUUAGUGUUUGAAGCAGAGGACUGCAUCUUCUUUCCCAGCAUUCCAAUCCUUCUGUUGGUUCAGUUUUAAUAAAUAGCAAAGCAGUAGUCUUCUGUCAUGUUUACUAAUAUAAAUCCGUCCCAAUUUAAGAGUUACCAUUUUCACAGACUAAAAUGUACUUUAAAAUGUUGUUCCCUUAAUUUCCAUUUGAAGCCCUUCCCAGCAUGUCUCACACUCCACAUCCUGUUACCUUUAAGAAAAUAGCCUCAUAGGUCUUCCCUGGAAUCAUAAAAUGAAUUAGCACAAUGGUUAUUUAUUUGAAGGGUCAUAUAAUGGUAACAACUCACAGCCCAUUGCUCUGUAAAUGUAAGAGCUUGUUGCAGAGUUCAAUGUAAAUUUAUUAUCCAAGUACGUAUAUGUCACCAUAAACUACCCUGAAAUAUCAUUUUCUUGCAGAGUUGGCCUGCAAGAGAAUUCCUGGUAACACUGGUUCUUUUAAAACUAAAUGCUGCCUAUUGCAUUUCAAAGGAAUAUUGACAUUUGUUAAAUAACACUGUGUGCACACAGUACUUUUCCUUCUACUGGUGCUAAGUGAGUUCUCUACAAACCGUAUGGAAUGUGAAGGAUUACGUUGAAACGGAAGUUAUUACUUUUAUUUGGAGGAGGUUUGGUAUUUUCAGGAUUUGUAUAAUUACAUUUAGUGAGCAAUGUUAAAUGACAUUUGAGUUUUUCCAUUUUUUAAAAAAAAAGAUAAGCUAUAUACAAACUAGCUUUUUGUUAAAAGCUCUUUUUAAUCUUACAUGAAGCACAGUAUUGUUAUGGAGUAACAUGUUAUUUUAUGGUAGUUAGAACCUGCCAGACACAGAUUCUGGUCAAGUUAAGUGACCGACCUUUGGCUAUAACCUUUUUUUUUAAAUAAUACCUGUGUUACUUUGCCUUGGUGUAUGUAUAAACACUUUGCUUUUAUUUUCCUGCCACUUAAAGGUCACAUGUUCAGUCUAGCUUAGUGCAAUGAGCUGUUCCUUUUCAGGUAGUUCUAAACCUGUUGACUUCAAUUAAAGAGGAAGUCUCGCCAUCAGGACCCAAAUAUUUUAAAAGGAAAACUAUUACAUGAAAUUAUAAUUAACAUCCUUUUGUCCAUCUAUUUUAUCAAUUUUUAUGUACAUGUUGAAGAUGAACUGUGAUGUAUGUGGGAGGGGAGAAUUGUUUUGGUUAGGACUGUUGAGGUACCAUAUGCAGUUAAUGUUCAGCUCCUCCAUGGCGACUCUCUCCCUUUUUCCCUGGUACUGCCUUUGGAUUUCACCAGUGCUCACUGUUCAAAUGUGUUCAAAAACCUGAAACAAUGGACCAAAACGAUGUUAAACCCUUCAAAACCACCUGCUUUUUAAAACUGGAUUCUGGUAUUGAAACUCCCUCCUUAAUGAGUGAUUAGGGAGAUUACCAGUGUUCUGACUGAAGAUGUUUGUACAGUUUCAACAUUUGAAGUAUAUUCUAUUUUGUUGUACUCUUGUUUCAAAGUGUAUUCAAGUAGAUUUUACCAAACUUUAACAGUGAAUCCUGUUUUGAUUGUGUUUUGGUAAAGAAAUACAAAGUAUAUUGAGUGUCUGUGCAUCUUCUUUAAAAGCCGUAUCGACAAGAAGACAGUUUCUUAUCUUAGGUGACACCAAGUCAAUGG